AUGAUCAAGCCGACGCAAAGGCAAGCCCCACGAUCCCUGCUGCAUAAAAUCCCAAAUACCCAAAUAUCUAACAACAAAGUCCAGCUCCUCGCCGCGAUCCUACACACCACCAACGCGAAACUCGACUACGACGCCAUUGCGAAAUACAUGGGACCCGAAUGCACCAAAGUCGCCGUGACAAUUCGCAUCAAUCGUCUCAAGAAGCAGGUGAAGGAUGCCUCUAAGGCUGUCAGUUCUUCUGCGCCGGUGACUCCUGCGAAGCGGAAGAAGAACGGUAAGGCGGGCUCUAAGGGAAAGAUCGGUGGAGUGAAGAAGAGGCCGGCCAAGAAGGCUAAGACGGAGGAGGAUGAGGAGGAGACUAUGGAGACUGAGGAGAGUGGUUAG